UUCUGUGCCAAUGACCCUGAAGUGUUUGUCCAAGCAGCACUGUUGGCUCAGGAUUAUUGCGAUGCCAUAGACCUAAACUUGGGUUGCCCCCAAAUGAUUGCAAAGAGAGGUCACUACGGAGCCUUUCUGCAAGAGGAAUGGGAUCUUCUUCAGAGAAUGAUUUUACUGGCUAAUGAGAAGCUCUCUGUUCCCAUCACAUGCAAAAUCCGCGUUUUCCCAGAAAUUGACAAGACAGUGAAGUAUGCACAGAUGCUGGAGAAAGCUGGAUGCCAGCUGCUGACUGUGCAUGGCCGUACUAAAGAACAGAAGGGACCGCUUGCUGGUGUGGCAUCCUGGGAGCACAUUCAGGCUGUCAGAAAAGCUGUAAGCAUUCCUGUGUUUGCAAAUGGAAACAUCCAGUGUCUCAGUGAUGUUGAAGAAUGUAUCCGUAAGACAGGAGUGCAUGGUGUCAUGAGUGCAGAAGGUAAUCUCCAUAACCCAGCUUUGUUUGAGGGCCGAAACCCGUUGGUGUGGGAGAUGGCUGAGGAGUAUCUGGAGAUAGUGCAGAAGUACCCUUGUCCAUUGUCUUAUGUUCGGGCUCAUCUCUUCAAGCUCUGGCAUCACACGCUUCAAGUUUACCAGCAACUGCGUGAAGAAUUAGCAAAAGUGAAGACUCUAGAGGGCAUUGUAGAUGUCAACAAGGAGCUGAAACUACGAUGCCAGGAAGAAAUAGCUAAUCAGAAAGAAGGAGAAAAGCCAAAAGAAGGGUUGCCUUUCUUCCACUGGAUCUGUCAGCCAUACAUCAGGCCAGGGCCAAAGGAGAGAUGCAAGGAGAAUGGAGCCAGUGAAAAAGGUGUGCGAGGAAAACGUGCUUUGGAAGAGGAGGAAGAUGGAAACUCAGAGCUUCUGUCAAAGAAUAAACAAAAAAAGAAGUUAAGAAAUCCAAAUAAAAGCUUUGAUCCAUCUUUAAAACCCAAAUACGCAAAAUGCGAUCAAUGUGGAAACCCGAAGGGCAAUAAAUGUGUGUUCAACAUGUGCCGAGGCUGCUGUAAGAAAAGCGCGUUCAAGGCGACAGCCGACUGCCCAGGUAAGUGCUGCUUCUUCAAGUCACUGAGCAAAUGUGUCCCAU